AUGCAGCCUGAGAACAGGGGACGUCGGCUGAGUACAAAGGGGGAUUCCAAUGUCAAGAGAGUAAAGGUGAAUGAGCCCUCAUAUGCAUUCUUAGAAACCGUAAACAGAAAGAAGCUAGAUUUUGAUGCUGAAAAAGCUUGUAGUGUCACUCUAUCCACUUUGAACGUUUAUUGCUGCUUAGUGUGCGGUAAGUAUUUACAAGGCCGUCGAGCAAAUUCACCAGCAUUUCUGCAUUCUGUCAAUGACAACCACCAUGUAUUUGUGGACUUUAUAACUUUGAAGUUCUAUCUUUUACCUGAUGGUAUAGAGAUUGAAGAUAAUGGAAGAAUUCAACUUCUCAAUUCGAUACGUUACGCCAUCAGACCACAGUUUACAAAGAACGAGAUUUCCCAAUUCCCGACAGGAUGUCAGGAUUUGAACGAUAACACUUACUUCAACGGGUUUAUAGGAGUUAACAAUUCCGCCAGAAACAAAAGUGUCAAUGUUGUACUCUUAGCACUAGCACACCUUCGACCCUUGAGAGAUUAUUGCUUACUUGCCAAGAUCGACCAGGAAGACGAGUUCACAAGAAGACUAGCUCUCUUUAUUAGAAAAAUAUGGUCAGUCAAACUAUUCAAGCAGCAUGUUUCAGUGGACGAAUUUCUGGCCUUUGUUACAGUGAAUGAUAAAAGGAGUGCCAAGAAUUUAAAUGAUCCAAGAAAAUGUCUCCUAUGGCUUUUAGAAUGUAUUCAAACAAGCGCACCAAAGUUGAAAAGUAUACUAUCAGAAGCUUGUCAGGGGAAAGUUCUGGUGACGAAGACUGGCGUGAAAGUCAUUUACGAUGAAGACGAAAACGUCAAGGAUUUCACACGAGAGAAGUCUUCUAAAAGCACUAGUGUUCCCUUUUGGAGUUUGACCCUUGAUCUGCCGCCCAGACCACUUUUUAAAGGACAAAUUAACGUGAAUGACUUACCUCAAGUGCGUUUGGAAGACCUUAUGUGUAAGUUUAACGGCAUCAAGGAGAAGCAAAUGUCGCACCACAUUAUGCAAUAUAAAAUAUUAAAGCUUCCAAAGUACUUAGUACUACAUGUUGACAGGUUUGAUAGUACCGAUGCGCAGCCUGUCAAAAACAGAAAUCAUACCUUGGUGGAGUUUCCAUUGACCAUGAAAGUAGAGGGAUCUACUUACAAAUUGUUGGCAAAUAUAGUACAUCAAGUUUCAAGAACUGCCGGCACCACGCGUGUGGAAAAGGAUGACCAAAGCAAUUGGAUUAUUCAACUGUAUAACUCAGCCAUAGACCAAUGGGUUGAAAUCGAUGGUAGUAAUGUUCGUACCAAGGACAAAGAACUUCUGUUCUUGAACGAGAUUUACAUCCAAAUAUGGGAAUUAGAAACCGCCUAA